AUGGCAGAUACCGCGACCCCCAUUGAGCUCCCCGUUAUCGACAUCUCCAAUCCCCACGACCCCGCCGUGGGGAAGGCGAUGCUCGAGGCUGCGGCCAAGUAUGGCUUCCUGUAUGUGAACAGCAAGGGUACAGAUUUUGUGACUGAGGAUGUGGAUCAUGCUUUUGGUCUUUCGAAGAAGUUCUUUGCGUCUCCGACAGCGGAGAAGGAGACUUGCCGCAUUACGCCGAAUAACCGCGGCUGGUCUGGCAUGCAUACAGAGACCCUGGAUCCCGAGCAUCAACGGACCGGUGAUUUCAAGGAAGCUAUGAACUUUGGUGACUUCAAAGAUGGAAAAGCCCAACAGCCUUUGCCAGCAUCUCUUUCACCCCAUGAGUCAGAGAUCUAUGGCUUCGCCCAACUCUGCAACAAGACCUGCAACCGGAUUCUGAAUCUUCUCUCCCUGGGUCUUGAGAUGCCAGAGGACUUCUUCACUACCCGCCACGACCCCAGCGCUGGACCCACAGGCAGCAUCCUCCGCUACCUUUACUAUCCAUCCAUCUUCUCGCCAGCAGCAGCAUCCUACAAGCACGACAAGGAUGUCCGUGCAGGCGCCCACUCCGACUACGGCAGCAUCACGCUCCUCUUUCAGAGGCCCGGACAGCCGGGCCUGGAAAUUCUCACGCCAGAAGGAACAUGGGCGCCUGUGCCCAUCAUCCCCGGUAACCAGCCAGACGCAUUCCCGUUCCCACCGAUCUUGGUCAACAUCGGUGACCUAUUGAGCUACUGGACGGACGGGCUGCUCAAGUCGACCGUGCACCGUGUGGUAUUUCCGCUGGCGGAGCAGCGCAGCCCGAACCCGCAGGACCGGUAUACACUUGUAUACUUCUGUCAUCCUAUUGAUGCGACGGAGUUGGUGCCUGUGCCGAGUGAGAUUGUGGCGGGACAUCGGGCGAGAAAGGCGGGGUUAGAGGGAAAUGGGGCGGUUGGGUUUGGGGGUGGUGCGGGGAGCCUGGAGCCUGGGAAGAGGCCGCUGACGGCCGCGGAGCAUUUGGAGUCGAGGCUGGCAGCCACAUAUGGGUUUACGAAGGAUGAGUAG